CGAUCAUGGCGGACAACAACAUGCACAGACUUCAUACGAACGACCUUGAGUUGGGUGCUACAGAGCCAGUCUCUCAGCGCAAGCUUGACUAUGAACGGGCAAGACCAAGAUGGCUUCGCGAGAUGAUGGCCGAAGCGUAUGUGACUGAGCCACCACUAGUUAAGCAAAGCUUACUGACUUUGACUGGGUUGCAGNNCACUGGUGUCUUCUUCUAUGUUUAUCCUGGUAUCGCUGCGACAGCCUCCUUCAUGCUCAACAAAGAAGAUGCUGCGUUCGGAAGUCUGCUUCAGGUUGGCUUCGCGUUUGGAUUCGGCAUUGCCUUUGCUAUCAUCACUUGUGCUUCUACAUCAGGANNGGGUAGCCACUUUAAUCCCGCCAUGACGAUAUGCUUCGCUACCUGGCAAGGUUUUCCCUGGAAGAAGGUCCCGUACUACAUCUUCUCUCAAGUCUUUGGUGCUUUUGUGGCUGGUCUCUUCGUUUAUGGUCAAUACCACCAACAAAUUACCGCGUUGGCAGCAGCGACCACCGCUGCUGGCCAAGGAACAGUGUUCAAUGGUGGGCCAGCCAGUAUCUUCUGCUCCUUUCCAGGCGCCACUCAGACAAAUCUCGGAUACUUGUUCUUCAUCGAGUUUUUCGUCGAUUCAUACAUUGGUUUUGUUCUGUGGGCUUGCCUCGAUCCGGCCAAUCCUUUCAUAUCACCUUCGGCAGCUNNCCCCUGGGCCAUUGGUCUAGUCUAUAGUGUGAUGGUUUGGGGCUUCGCCGACAUCACUAUCAGUACCAACUUGGCUCGUGACCUCGGCACUCGUAUCGUCGCUGCCAUCUUCUUCGGUCGUGAAGCCUUCUCCUACCACAACUACUCAUGGAUUGCAAUUCUUGUCAAUGUUCCUGCCACACUCUUUGCAACAGCAUACUACGAGUUGCUGAUCCGAGACAGCUUGCAGAAGAUUGGCAAAGGAGCUGCUUUCCAUGAAGACGGCGAGGAAGGAUUGAACUUGCAUCUGGUCAAGAGCAACAUCAGCAGGCAAAGCCCUAUGAGUCCCAAUAUGCAGAAGGUUUUCAGUCUGGGAUCUAAUGGGUCGACUUUGCACUCGAAUCAGAAGAUGGAGACUGGCUUUUCGCUUGCGGCCGAGACGGGCAGCAACAAUGCU